AUGUACGAAGGGAUUGACAACUUGAAAUCCCUCUACGACCGUGCCGGGAAGACUUUCUCCGGCGGUCCUUCUGCAGCACAGGAUGUGCCGCAUCGUACUGCUCAACCAGACUCAGUGCGUCGAUCAUCAGUUGGGAGCGGAGCUCCCAAGAAUCCCAGGACGGGGGAUAGCCGCGCCACCGGACGAGAUAACUCGUCCGACGUCCUUUCACGUCGCGGUGGUUCAACAUCUGCUCAACCAGAUAGCACUGGCCACCGCGAGAGUCCUCCAAUGGAGGUGGAGGAGGAGGAGGACGAUCUCCACCCAAUCGUGGGGAAGCCUCAGCUUGAGAACGAGAGAGCUCUGACGUCUCUGCGUGACGAGCUAAGGGUAGCUCGUGGGAUUGUUGAUCGGUCUCGGGCUGAGAUAACUGCUCUUCAGACCCUUGUUGAUGCCCACCAUCGGGAGCACAAGGCUCUCUGCAAGAUGCUGAAGCGCAAGGGCGUUCUUCAUCGGAAGAAGCAGCGUACUGAUGGUACGGCUUAA